CUCAAAUAGAGAUUCGUUUUGUGAACCAUAAUUUCUCUAAAUAUUACCGUGCCACCUGCUCAAUCUGUCGAUCCAACCCCACAGGCAAGAAUCCAGUCAAGCCUUACCUUUCUUGCCCUCGUACCAGCCUAAUAAGAGGACUGGCUUAGUGCAGCAGAGGACCAACAAACCGCUCCAAUCCUUACCAUAAUCCCGCCCCCACGGUUGUAUUCGCUCCUGCGGUGGUCUGAAAUAGCACCCUGCCAUUCAUCACUGCAGGACGCAACCAUUAUUCCAGCUCCUUCGGGGCGGUGCAGGAGACAUUCUGCCGUCCGUGACCGCCUGUUCGCAUUCCGUCACGACAAUAUCACCAUGCAAUAGCAUCGAUAACUCUGCUCGUCUUUCUGGUGCUGCCCAACUCAAGCGAUAAAUUUAACCAAAAAUCAUUGAUUCAAAAUGAAGUUUCGUGAUUUCCGCUCCAAAGUCAUACUUCGACUCAGACCAGGCACUCGGUAUCCCGACCUCGAGGCCAUGGAUGCAAAGACUCAACCUCAACGCGGCUCUGCGAUAAUGCAGCUUCCAUUGGAGAUUCGAAACGCCAUCUUUCAGGAACUGUGGAGCGACGCAGGCUUUUCCCAACACAUCGUGCUUCAAGACAACCGCCGUUACGUGCGGGCGAGAUGCGUCACGGACCACACGAGACCUGAUAGCCUCAUGGACGAAUGCACCAAAUUCAACAGCAGCUGCAUUGAAGAUCCACUCAUAUGGCGACGCCUUAUGUCGUCAUGGGGACCUUGCUGGAAGUGUGAGGAGCUCUAUCAGUCCACGAAGCAGACUCCAUGGAGCCCCUUUCUUUCAAUGCUGUUGGCUUGUCGGCAACUAUAUCUUGAAUGCCGCGCAUCUAUUUGCAAUACUCUGACUUUUGUCAUACACGAUCUGGAAACCCUCAACAAUUUCGCAGUCUCUCACCCUUCGCCAUUGCUCAACGACAUCAAGCAUCUUCACCUCGCCAUUCGCCUUCCUAUCCGCUGGGAGAAGUACAUGAGCCCUGAGGCUCACGCCGUCUUGUCCCGCUGGCGAGAUUGUUGUCAGGCACUGGACCGAGCGGAAAAUCUUGUCUCGGUAAACUUAUGGCUGGACACGAGCGAACCUUCCUGGCGAGUCCUCCUAACUACGGUACAGGAUAAUGCGAAUCCGUUUGUUUUUGGUGAGAGGUUAGCUGGUGUAUUGACGGUUGACAUACCUGUCAAUCCUGAUAGACCUGAGGUGUGGCAGGCCGUGGCCAAUGUUGAGCCGCGGUUCACCGUUCGCCCGCGCGGUUGGCCGGCAUUCAAGGCCGAGACAGAGUCAACGGCGCCAAACCGGAUAUUCCGGCUUGAGGAUAAUGAGGAGCCUGGAGUUCUCAAGAACCCCACUAUGCGUGGUACCUAUAUCAGACAUCGGCCGGCUGGCCUCCUAAGAUAGGCGACUCCGCUGCACGUUUAUAAUAAUAGUAGACUUGGUCCCUUAGCUAG